AUGCCUGCUGCGCAAAGGGUGUGCUUUUUCUCUCUGAGAUCGUUACACUCGUUCAAGCCUGCCUCGACUAUCUUCUCUACGGCUACCCUACAGCCCUCCCGCCAUUAUGCUGUUCCAAACCCUGCUCCCGGCGCAAAGAAAGUCUAUGUUCGUGAUAAACCUCACAUGAACAUUGGCACAAUAGGUCAUGUAGAUCACGGGAAAACCACACUGACCGCCGCAAUUACCAAGAUUUUAUCAGAAAAUAAGAACACCAUUUAUCGCAGUUAUGAAGAGAUUGAUGCUUCACCUGAUGAAAAGAAACGUGGGAUUACCAUCAACGCUACCGUUGUGGACUACACCACGGAUAAUCGGCAUUAUGGGCAUACCGAUUGUCCAGGUCAUUCCGAUUAUAUAAAAAACAUGAUCACCGGUGCCAAUCAAAUAGAGUGUGCGAUUCUCGUGGUAGCUGCCACAGACGGCACCAUGCCUCAGACUAGGGAACAUUUGCUGCUGGCCAAACAGAUUGGUAUAGAACAGAUGGUUGUGUUUAUCAAUAAGGCGGACGCAGCUGACUCAGAGAUGCUGGAACUUGUGGAGUUGGAGAUACGGGAUACACUGAAACAGUAUGGCUUUGAUGGGGACAAUACCCCCAUUGUGACUGGAUCCGCCUUGUGUGCAUUAGAGGGUCGUGAACCACAGCUUGGCAGAGAGAGGAUAAUCCAGCUACUUCAAACCAUCGAUUCAGUACCGUUACCGAAACGCGAAAAGGAUAAGCCAUUUCUUCUACCAAUUGAGCAUGUUCAUUCAAUCACCGGUCGUGGUACUGUGGUUACAGGACGCAUUGAAAGAGGCACCAUAAGUCUACAGGAGCCAGUUGAAAUCAUAGGUUAUAACCAAGUUCUUAAAUCAACAGUUACAGGUAUUGAGAUGUUCCAUCAACUCAUGAAUCAGGCUGAAGCAGGCGAUCAGGUGGGCCUCCUGUUGCGCGGUUUGAAACGAGAAGAAUUACGUCGAGGCCAAGUUGUGGGCGCACCGAAAUCCCUGUCGAUGCAUAAUUACAUCCAAGCACAGGUUUACAUGUUAUCUAAAAAGGAAGGCGGUCGAUCCAAACCGUUCGUGAAUAGGUGCCUCAUGCACGUCUAUAGCAAAUCUUGGGAUUGUUCGGCCUUCAUGAUGCUUCCAAAAGAGAAGGCAAUGGUUAUGCCCGGAGAAGACUCUAUCGUUGAAAUUGACUUCUACAGGAAAAUGGUUAUCGAACCAGGUCAACGUUUCACCCUUCGCUCUGGCAGUCACACGUUGGGUUAUGGUGUCGUGGGUCAAACACUACCCGAUCCCGGUCUUGGAAACUGGGGCACCUGA